AUGGCACAGAAUGGCGAGUGGCCGGGCGUCACGGAUCCGCUGUCUCUGGACCCUCCUAGCGAGCAAGACCUGAGACUCAGCGAGGCUCUGAUGAAUGAGCUCAAGGCGCAGAACAACUUCGAGUCGCGAGAGGAAACGAUGAAGAGGUGAGGCGAUGCCUUACGGUUUGAGAUAUACUGGAUACUGAUGUGGCGGCAGGGAUGAUGUGCUUAAAAAGCUCCAGAAACUACUCUCAUCGUUGGUCCAGAUCGUUGGCAAGAAGAAGGGCAUACCACAAGAGCUGCUGAAAGAGGCUGGAGGCAAGGUCUUCACAUAUGGCAGUUACCGUCUUGGUGUCUAUGGGCCAGGCUCAGAUAUUGAUUCUCUGAUGGUCGCGCCCAAACAUGUGACUCGAGAAGACUUCUUCAAGUACAUGCCUGACCUCAUUCGAAAGUCCGUCCCGCCGGAAGAGCUUCCGGAGCUGACACCUGUGCCGGAUGCCAACGUGCCCAUCAUCAAGCUUGAGAUGUCGGGUGUUUCGGUCGACCUGAUAUUCUCCGCUCUGCAAAUUGCAUCGGUUCCCAAAACUUUGGAGUUGAGCGACAACAACCUGCUUCGCGGCCUGGACUCUACAGACAUGCGAUGCGUGAACGGAACGCGUGUUACGGACCGGAUCCUGCAGCUCGUUCCCCAGAGCAAGAUCUUCCGAUUUGCGCUGCGAGCCAUCAAGCUUUGGGCUCAGAAACGUGCCAUCUAUGGCAAUGUCGUCGGCUUUCCAGGAGGAGUGGCCUGGGGCAUGCUCGUUGCUCGAGUCUGCCAGCUUUAUCCCAAAGCAGCUGCCUCACACAUUGUGAACAAGUUCUUCUUCGUCAUCAGUAACUGGAAUUGGCCCAAGCCUAUCUUCCUUCAGUCAAGAGAACACGUGCCGCACCUCCAGGAAAAGGAGUGGGACCCCAGCCUCUACAAAGGCGAUUCGUUCCACCUCAUGCCUGUCAUCACUCCGGCGUUCCCCUGCAUGAACUCCACAGUCUCUGUCGGUAGGUCGCAGAGGACGGUAAUUCUUCAGGAACUUGCGCGCGGGAGGCAAAUCACUGAGGACAUCUACGCCGGUAAGAAGAGUUGGAAGGAUCUAUUUGGUCGGCACACAUUCUUCUUGGAAGCCUACAAGCACUACAUCUGCGUCAUCACUGCAUCGAAAGCAAAGGACUCGCAACACGCGUGGGCAGGCUUGGUUCAGGCCAGACUAAGACGACUUAUCACCGGCAUUGAAUACUCUGACGCAGAUUGUGUCAAGCUUGUGCACCCAUUCAACAAGGGCUUCAACGGCGAGCAUGAAUGCAAGGACGACACCGAACUUGAGCAGACUUUCAAUGGUAGCUUGCAGUACCAGGUGGCCGCGACGAAGACUACGGACGAGUCUGCAGACGUGAAGGCAGCGGUUGCUGCACAGAGCGACGGCGACGCUCUUGCUGUAGCGUCAUCGGAUAAUGCGACCGCGUUGACCGGAAAUGGACCAACCAAAAUCUGGACGACUCGGUAUUAUCUGGGUAUUGAACUUCAACCAGGCAAGACCAAUCUCGACAUCUCGCGACCCAUCGCAGAAUUCCAGCAUAAUUGCCGGGAAUGGGAUGGGUACAGGGAGGAUAUGCACACCAUUCGCAUCAAGCACGUUCGAAAGUAUGCAAUGAUGAUCCAUUCAGCAAACAGAAGCUGACGAAUACAGUUACGAUCUUCCUAACGACGUUUUCGUCGAGGGCGAAACCAGACCGACCAAGAAGAAGAAGACGAAGAAGGCCAAGGAGUCGACUCCAGCUCAAGAAGCUCUACCUAAGAAGCGCAGUCUCAACAACGCUGGCCUAGACGUGAGUCCUCAGCAUGCAUCUUACCUUCACUGCUCCAUACACCCCAGUACCAUCACUAACAUUACUAACCACUCACUGCCGCAUCACAGGAGAACCAGGAUCCCGCUAAGCGCCGACAGUCUGGUCACGCUCCAGGCCCGAAAGCAGAGAUCAACGGCGCAAUGACCAUGAAUGGUGUCGCGGGUUGA